AUUAUAGUUACGUGAAAAAAAAAUUUAGUUACUGGAAAGAACAAGGAGUUGAAUCACAAACAAAGCUUCAAUUUUUAACAGGAACGAUUGCAGCUUUCAGAAAGCCAAUUCACGAGAUUGUUCUUUCCACUUACAAAAAUCACGGUAAAAUAUUUGGAACAUGCGUGCCAUCACACGAUUUAUGGAUAUCUAAACCAGAACUGAUUAAAUAUAUCCUUGUAAAAGACUUCCCAACUUUUCGUAAUAGACUGAAGUUUGAUUUUGGAGAUAGAAUUUUUAACAAUCUUGUUAGUUUACUUAUGGAUGAAGAUUGGAAAAGAGUAAGAAAUUUGAUGAGUCCGACAUUUACCAGUAGCAGAAUGAGAAAAAUGGCAACUUUAGUUAAACAAUGUGCAGAACCAUUUGCCGCACGUUUCAUUGAAAACGCCGAAAAAGGAGACAACUUUAAUUGCAAAGAGUUAAUAAGUGCAUUUACUAUUGACGUCAUUGCAUCAACUGCGUUUGCUACGAAAGUGAAUGCACAGGAAAAUCAAAACAGCGAAUUUGUGAAGAAUGCUCGAAUGGUUUCAAAUAGAAAUUUAUCAAAACUAACGCUUUUUGCGUUUUUCGUUGCACCGAAACUUAUUCGCUACUUAAAAUUGGAAUUUUUCCCGAGAAAAGUACUAGAAUACUUCAGGAACGUCGUUUUGAAAAUCUUGGAAGAGAGAAAACAAAAGAAAGUUAAAGGAAACGAUUUUCUUCAAUUAAUGAUGGACGCUCAAGAAGGAGUACUUGAAAACACUGCCGAAGACUUGAAAGAAGUAGACAAUGAAAUAAAUAAUUACAAAGUUCAACCUAAACACAAAACAAUGACACUCGACGAAAUUGUUGCUCAGAGUGUUCUUUUUAUUAUCGCUGGCCACGACCAAACAACAAUAACAUUGACAUACUUCUGCUAUGAAAUGGCAUUAAAUCCAGAAUUCCAAGAGAAAUUGUUGAAGGAAAUAGAUGAAACAUGGGAAAAACAUGGUGACGUGGAUUUCGAUAUUGUCGCUAAAAUGUCUUAUCUUGAUGCAGUAUUAAAUGAAAUUUUAAGAAUACACAAUCCAGGUGUAAUGUAA